AUGGCGUCCACUGGGGCCGACAAGAUUGGAGAGGACGCCCAAGCCAAGCCCGAAUCGAUCACCAAGAACGAGCUUCCAGACAGAAGCGACGUCCCUGACGAAGCUGGUGCGAAUGGGGAGCUCUCCAAGAAUGCUGCCAAAAAGGCUGCGAAGCGGGACAAGCAAGCCGCAGACAAAGCUUCCAAAUCCAAAGACAAGCCAAUCGGCACGGCAGAAGCAAAGCUGCCCACGAGCAAAGCUGCUAAGAAGAAGACCGAAGACACACCUCUGAUCGGAAUCGACGUGGCCAAAGAGGAGGAUUUCUCUGGCUGGUACCAACAGGUUCUCACCAAGGGCGACAUGCUCGAUUACUACGAUGUAUCUGGGUGCUACAUUCUUAAGCCUGCGUCUUACUUCAUAUGGGAGCAAGUACAAGAAUGGUUCAACAUCAAGAUCAAGAAAAUGGGUGUCAAGAACUGCGCGUUCCCACUGUUCGUUUCUGAAGACGUCCUCAACAGAGAGAAAGCACAUAUUGAGGGUUUCGCCGCUGAAGUUGCUUGGGUCACCCAUGCCGGCAAAACCAAACUCGACAAGAAAAUCGCCAUUCGCCCUACCUCCGAAACCGUUAUGUACCCUUAUUAUGCCAAAUGGAUCCGCAGUCACCGAGAUCUCCCGCUCAAGCUCAAUCAAUGGAACUCGGUGGUACGGUGGGAGUUCAAGAAUCCUCAGCCAUUCCUCCGGACUCGAGAAUUCCUCUGGCAAGAAGGUCAUACUGCGCAUUUGACGGAGACCGAGGCGGACAAGGAGGUGCUCGAGAUCUUGGAGCACUACGCGGGGGUGUAUGAGCAACUGCUUGCCGUACCUGUCAUUCGUGGUCGCAAGACCGAGAAGGAGAAGUUUGCUGGCGGUCUCUACACCACCACCGUCGAAGGAUACAUUCCAUCUACCGGUCGAGGCAUUCAAGGGGGCACAUCACAUUGUCUUGGCCAGAACUUUAGCAAAAUGUUUGGUAUCACCGUUGAAGACCCUUCAGCCCAGCCAGGCGAGAAGAAAGAACCCCUAUUUGUCUGGCAAAAUUCAUGGGGACUUUCCACCCGAGUGAUCGGUGUGAUGGUAAUGAUCCACGGGGACAACCGCGGACUUGUGCUCCCUCCACGAGUAGCCGAACUGCAAACCAUCAUCGUUCCUGUGGGAAUCACCAAAUCUACCACUUCGGACGAGCGAAAUGGGCUGUACAAAGAAAUCGAAGGACUGGUCGAAAUCCUGCGAGCGGCUGGUAUCCGAGCCGAGGCAGAUUUCCGAGACAAACCCCCGGGCUGGAAAUUCAAUGACUGGGAACAGCGAGGCGUGCCUUUGAGGCUCGAAUUUGGCACAAAAGAAUCGAGAGGUCAUUUUGUCACGGCUUCACGGAGAGACAUCGUUGGGAAGGAUGGCAAAGGCAAAUCGGAGAUGCCCAUCACGGAGCUUAAGACUGCCGUGCCAGCGCUCCUUGAGACGAUGCAGAAAGAUCUGUAUGAUCGAGCAGACGAGAAGUUCAAGUCCCAUGUCAAGAAGAUCACUAGUUGGAACGACUUUGUUCCUGCUCUGAAUGACAAGAAUGUGUGCUUGAUUGCGCACUGUCUGACGGAGCAAUGCGAAGACGAGAUCAAAGAUAUGAGUGCCAGAACAGCAGAAGAGCAGUCAGGAGAGGCCCAGGAUGCCAAGGCUCCCAGUAUGGGGGCAAAGAGUCUCUGCAUUCCCUUCGACCAGCCCGACGGUGUUGAGAAAGGGGUAACGAGUUGUACGAACCCCAACUGCAUGAACAAGGCGGAACAGUGGUGCUUGUUCGGACGAUCGUAUUAG